AUGGACGUCGAUCUCUCAACGAGCCUCGAGAACUUCUCGUCGCUUGUAGAGUGCGUCCAUAACGGCACUUCACCAGUAGCCAUCGCUUCCAGGCUCAGGCGAGGAGCGAGGGUGGUUGGGCGAUCGAGGUUGCGGGAGCUGACGUCUCGGUCGCUGUCAAUCUUCCUCAACACUUUGUUCUGGAACUUCAAGAUCCGAGAUCCUCAGUGUGGCUGUAAGGUGUUUGCUCGGGACUUCCUGGAUAAGGCUCUUCCCCUGACGCGCAGCACAGGAUGGUUCCUCGACACCGAACUCCUCCUCCUCGCGCGAGGAUCCGAUCUUGUUGUCUCUGAGAUUCCCGUCCGUUGGGUCGACGACAGGGACAGCAGAGUCCGCGUGAUGUCUACCAUCUUUGAGAUGCUCCGAGGGAUGCUGGGGAUGAAGCUGAGGGGGUGGAGGCACCGCCUGAGCGGGGAGGGAUCAAGAGCCAAGUGGUCACUUGUCCUGCUGGCCUCGAGCAUGAUGCGGGGCUUCAGAUCUGGCAUCCGUGCGUUCUUGCAACAAGUCACCGCCCUUCCGCAAUUCCUCUCCUGCUUGCUCCGCAGGUCCCUCAAGAAGAUCGGUCUCCGCCUCCUCCGCCUCGCCAACAAGCUCUUUUCCACCCUUGCUGACUUCAUCCCCAUCGACCCCAAGUUUCGCAUCUCCAACGCUCGUCUCAUCAGCGUUGGGGCCCUGCAGGUGCUGUCCCCCAAGGUCCCCGAGUUUGUUAGCUCGCAUCUUCCCGCGUUCGGCGUGGGAGUAGAGAGAUCAACGCGCCUGGUCCUUUCCAAGCUCAACGAGGACGCGCUCUAUGGCUUGGCUGCUAUCGCCUCAGGAGAAAUUAUCGAUCCACUUCCGGAGGACGUCCAGGACAAAGCCUACGAGCUCAUCAAUCGGCUGGUUGAGGCGCUCGAAGGGAAGCUCUUAGAGCUUGGCAACACAGGAUGGUCUCUCGAUCUUUUCGUUAACCAAGAGAUCGGCAAGAUUCUACAAGAUCCCUGGAACAGCAUCCCCGUCCUGCAAGAGCCUGGAGUGCCGGAGACGAUCGCGCUUAUCAUGCAGGCUCGGGCUGAAGUGGAGGCCAGGAAGGUGCUCGAAGCCAUCGGGCUGACGGACGCUCAGUCGCGACUUUUCCUCGAGCUCAAUCGCUCGCUCGCUCUCUCCAAGUUCGACGUCAACGGGGACGGCAGGAUCUCCUGGGAGGACUUGUGGACGGCUAUUUAUUCCAACAGAACCCUCGACGAGGGUAGCACCCCCAGCACUUCCUUGAAGUUCCUCCGGCUCGUCGGCUCCUCUGUGGCGCUCUCCCCCGUCCUCAAUACCUUAGUGGAUUACCGUGCCUUGAGCUGGAACUCAUCGCAAGCUAACGGAACCUUUCAAACUUCCUUCUCCUCCAAUUUUACCAAGAGGCUGGAAGAGGAGCUUCACCACACUGUGAUGGCUGCCGAUAAACUUUUCAUCAACGCAGUGAAUAACGUUGAAGCGUCACUGGGGAGGAGCAUGCGAUCGGUCUACUACACGACUGAUGGGAAACCAAUCGCGGUUGAGCGAGACCUUGCGAAGCCUGUCUUCGAGACUCUCUUCCGCUCCAUCCAGCACGUUCGUGGGGCCUGGCGAUCUCUCCUCGACAACAUUGGAUACCCAAAAUAA